AUGGGAAAACAAUUCAUUUCCACUCAAAUCAUCAGAGGGCACAAAUCUGAUGUCUAUGACGUUGCCGUUUGCAGCAAAUUUACCGUGUCCGUUUCUGGAGACGGUCACAUAAAAACAUGGUCUCAUAAAGGAGAGGAGGAACCAGUCAACGAUAUAUUAGUUGACAGUUUAGGGUUACACCAUGUAGAUUUCUGGGAAAAUGACGGCAUUUUGAUCAUAGGAACCGUUGCAUUCUCUGGUAUCCUGUACUUGUUCCAGUAUAUAGACAAUGAACUGGUUCCUUUAAAUUGUGAAUUGAAAAAAAACAACUGGGCACUGAAAUUCCACGUCGGUGUAGAAGAUCAGAAACAUAGAUUGUUGACCACUCAACAUAACGGUAGCGCUGAAGUAUAUGAACUCACGGUUGAAGAGGGAAAAUUUUCCUUGCAACAUGAAAAGACUCUUGAGGAUUUGAAUCGAACUUUUGCACUUUCCAUAGACGUUAGUUCUACUGAGGAUUCAAAAAUUGCCAUUGGAUACAUGAAUGGAACUGUUUCAUUAUACGAUUUCCGAACCCUGAGGUCGUCGUAUACUUUUACAUCAACUGCCAUCAAGAGUGAAUCGUCAGCUGUUCGUUGUGUUAAAUUCUCACCUGGUGGGACGUUGCUAGCCGUUGCAUCAGACAGUGAAUCAUAUGGAACCAUAUCCCUUUAUGACGUGAAAUUUGGAGAGAUGGCGGGGUCUUUGAUUGCACCAACCAAUAGUAACCACGCAAUUGGAGCCGGAUUUGCCCAUGAAAGAUGGUGUUUUUCCCUGGAUUUCAACCAAGAUGGAUCAUUUCUUGCUAGUGGAGGGAUGGACCAGAAAGUUAGAAUAUGGGACGUCACGACCAGAGAAGUGGAGGCAACAAUUACUAUGGCUUUAACUGAUUUGCCUGAUGAUAAGUUGACAGAUGAUCUUAACAGCAAUUCUAACAUUGGCUGUUUGUCCUUGAAAUACUUUGGCAAGGGAAUACGUCAAAUAGACGGAGAUGACCGCAAUGAAGGAUUGGUGUUGGUAGGAUUGGACCAGUCUGUUAGAUGGUAUAGAGAGGCAGGCGGUGUGUAA